GAGCUAGAGAAACUGGGUCCGAAGGAAAAGGGGGUCAUUUCUCAAGCAGUCAAGGAUGUGGUUCAGUCGCUUGUUGAUGAUGGCAUGGUCGACACGGAGAAGAUUGGCACAUCUGUUUACUUCUGGGCAUUUCCAAGCAAAGCCACUAGCAUCCGUAAGAGAAAGAUAGACGAUUUGUCAUCCCGAGAACAAGAAUUGAACAAAAGACUGAAAACAUCUCAGUCAAAGGUGGAACAGGCAAUGAUUGGAAGAGAGGAAGGUGAAGGUAGAGAAGAGUUGUUGGAAAAACUCUCAGAACUGGAGAGCACAAGAGAUGAGCUUCUUAAUAGUCUGCAAAAGUAUCGUGAUUGUGAUCCAGAUGUGCUUAAUCAAGUAAAGGAGGAAACACAGAUUGCCCAAGUAGCUGUCAACCGCUGGACAGAUAACAUUUUUGCCAUAAAGAGCUGGUGCAAGACGAAGUUCUUUAUCGAGGAAGGAACUCUCAAUAAACAGUUUGGUAUUCCAGAGGAGCUUGACUAUAUUUAGCCUUCUCUGUGGGUUAGAGAAGAGAAAUCAACCUAUUCAUAUUCUAAGAAUUUUGUAAAGGCACUGUUUUGGUUUUUAUGUAGCAUUUAUGACUGAGGAAAGAUAAUGAGGUGUAUGGCUGGUAGCUUUCCAGUUUGUCACAUAAUUUUUUUGUAAGAGAAAUAUUAUUUGUUUCCUUAAAUGUCUUACUUUUGUACUUCUUUUAUAUCUGUGUGUUUAUAUAUAGCAUAUAAAG